AUGAUUCUGGGGACCCUGAAAGGCAUCGGGAAGCAGCUCCUGCGGGUGAAAGUGGUGGACUGCAGCGAGGACGAUGCGCGUCUGUCCCGGUGCCUGAACACCUUCGACCUGGUGGCCCUGGGGGUGGGCAGCACCCUGGGGGCGGGGGUCUACGUGCUGGCGGGGGCCGUGGCCCGGGACAGCUCCGGGCCCGCCAUCGUCCUGUCCUUCCUCAUCGCCGCGCUGGCCUCCGUGCUGGCCGGCCUGUGCUACGCAGAGUUUGGGGCCCGGGUCCCCAAAACGGGCUCGGCCUACCUCUACAGCUACGUGACGGUCGGGGAGCUGGCGUGGAGCGCCACCUUUGAUGAGCUGAUAGGCGGCCACAUCGAGGAUUUCUGCAGACGAUAUAUGACCAUGAACGCACCAGGAGUCCUGGCGGAGUAUCCGGACAUCUUUGCUGUUCUCAUCAUCAUCACCCUAACAGGAUUGCUUUCUUUUGGGGUGAAAGAGUCAGCCAUGGUGAAUAAGAUCUUUACCUGCAUCAAUGUGCUGGUGCUGGUGUUUGUGAUCAUCUCGGGCUUGGUGAAGGGAACUCUCAAAAACUGGAGUCUGGACCCAGAGGAGAUCUUGAAUGCCACCACAAAUUCUAGCCUCAAUGUGUCUGGUUUCCCUCUGGAGGAAAAGGCUCUUGGCAGAGGCGGCUUCAUGCCUUUCGGCUGGACUGGAGUCCUCUCUGGGGCCGCCACUUGUUUUUAUGCCUUUGUAGGCUUUGACUGCAUCGCCACUACGGGAGAGGAGGUAAAGAACCCGCAGAGGGCCAUCCCCAUCGGCAUAGUGGCUUCCCUCCUCAUCUGUUUCGUGGCUUAUUUUGGAGUGUCUGCGGCCCUCACCAUGAUGAUGCCGUACUACAUGCUGGACAAGAACAGCCCUCUGCCCGUGGCCUUUAAUUACGUGGGCUGGGAGGAGGCCACUUAUGCCGUGGCCAUCGGCUCUUUGUGUGCUUUAUCAACCAGUAUUCUGGGCUCCAUGUUCCCAAUGCCCAGAGUGAUCUGGGCCAUGGCGGAAGAUGGCCUGCUCUUCAAAUGCUUGGCUAAAGUCAGCCCCCGAACCAAAACCCCCGUAACAGCUACCGUAACGGCAGGUGUGGUGGCAGAGUUUGGAUCCCAGUUUCUCCUUGGCUCCAUGUUUCCUCUGCCCCGCAUUAUCUUUGCUAUGGCCCGCGAUGGUCUACUCUUCUCCUUUAUGGCGCGUGUCAGUGAGAGGAAGACGCCCAUCGUCUCCACCAUGGUGGCGGGGUUUUUGUCCGCUGUAAUGGCCUUCCUGUUUAACUUGAAGGACCUGGUUGACCUCAUGUCCAUCGGCACUUUGCUGGCCUACACUCUGGUGGCUGCCUGUGUGCUGGUCCUCCGGUACCAGCCUGAACAGCUCAGAAGGACCUACGAGAUGGCCAACACCCAGGACGAGCCUGACAUCACCGACUCUUACAGCGAGGGGAAUAAUGGGAUCCUACCACAGCCAGAUGACCACUUCACCAUCAGGAACCUCUUUUUCCCUUCCAACACGGAGCCGUCAGCCCUGUCCGGGCUGUCGGUCAACAUCUGCACCAGUCUCCUCGGUGAGGCCCAAAGCUCCGGGAAACCGGAUCAGAGAGGCUGGACGGGCCUGGCUCCUAACCCAGUGGUCUCUUUAUUCCCACCAGGUGUCUUGGUGUGCGUUUUUGGGGUUGUUGCUGUUAAUGGAGGACUGGCCCCCUGGUCUCUGUCCAUCCUCAGUGUCGUCACAGGGGUCUGUUUACUCCUCACUCUGGUUGUCUUCAGACAGCCACAGAGCAAAGCCAAACUAGCCUUUACGGUUCCUCUUCUCCCCUUUGUCCCCGUCAUUAGCAUGUUUGUCAACGUGUACCUGAUGAUGCAGCUCGAUAGAGGAACCUGGAUGCGGUUUGCCAUCUGGAUGGUCAUAGGUUUCGUUAUUUAUUUCGGCUACGGGAUUCGCAACAGCGCCGAGGCGGCUCUGAGCGGCUCUGACACGUACAUCCCAGCGUGCAGGAUAAAAGGAGAACCCAUGACCACCGAGAAGGAGGCCUUCCUGCACGACCUACGGAACUCCACCCAGGAGGAUGAUGAUUUAUAAGAAUGCAUGAGGUUUUUCUUAGCUACCUGAAACACUAACAUCUGUUUCUAUAGAUACACGCACACAUCGUGUUUGUCUGCCACCAAACUUCAGUUUGGUUCCUGCUAAAAGAAUAUGCCAACUUCUUUUUAUUUAUCUAUUAUGUAUUUUGAUGGGUAGAAAUUGUUGCUGCUCAUUGAGCUUUGAAUUAUGAUUUAUGGUUUUUGAGAUGUUUAGUAUUUAGAGAAAAUGGUUUGAGUCUCAAAGGUUCUAGACAGAUGGUGUGUUUACCUCUGAUGUAAACCUUUUGAGGCCGUCACACUGUUUUACUGACAAGGCACAAGUCUGGUUGCUUUACACAUGAAUUAUGAGGUUUAGAAAUACACACGGUGCCAUCAGACAAAUCGCACUGUCACCAGUAUUGUGUGUAGACUUUUUUUUCUUCUUGUUAAGUGACCCGGAGAUGAAACAAGUGCAGUGAGUUUUUACUAAUGGGGAGUUGCUUCUUGCACUUUUUAACUAUGAAAUAAGAAAAGAGAAAAGCUGCUAACGUGAACUGAUUUAUCAGUGCUGUCAGAGCCUGCGUUUUAAGUGCCUAUUUUCCUAAAUGACGUUUUAGAGUCAUCCAACAGUUCUCUUUGCCCUCCCUUUCUCUUUUUAGGGAGCAUUUUGAUAAAUACUGCCUUACUCCAUUUACCAAGAAAAAUAGUACACCAGUAGCAAAAUUGUACCUCAAGCAUGAUUGUGUCAUGUAUGAAUGGAUGAUGUUGAAAAUGAAAGCUGGCAGCUGAAAUCCACAAUGUUACAGGCUGUAAAUGCAGCUAGGUGAAAUAUCCUACCUAAUAACAUUUACCUUUCAUGUCCAACAUGAACUAUAUUGACUUUUUUUAUACAUGAUCCAUGAGAGAAGUUGAUGGUUUAUCGUGGAGUCCAAUCCUGGUAAAAAAAGAAAACACUAAUAGUAUUUAUGCAUUAGAAUGUUGCUCUGCUUAUUUUAAGGUUGUGUAGAUUUUUCUUACACAGAACCGGUCUAUGUGUAAUAUACCAAAAUAUCUUGUAUAUAGAUGCAAUGUGUAUAACUUAGUUUAAGAUUUUUCAGCAUUGUGAAUGUUGCAUUUCUGUUUUGUUUUUUUUGUAAAUGUUGUUUUCAGGAUAUAUCUCGUAAAGAGGUACAUCUUUAAACCAAAUUAAUUACUAUUUCAAUAUUGUUUGUCUUUUUUUAGGCGUCUAUUUGCUUUGAGGCUUGUGUCCCUUUUGUUUGCUGUCUGUCAGAAAUAGGAUCAGGCCUCUAUAAUGCAGUAAAAUCCCACCUGGUUUGCAUAUCUGUGCCCAUUACUGACGGUUUCAUGGGAGUAUUUGCAUGUUGCACAAAUGUGAAGCCGCAAAUGAGCUUUGGUCAGCACAUGUCUUCGUUUUGGAUGUCAAGUUGUAAAUAAAUAAUGUGUUAAAUAAAAA